AUGGAGGAUUCAUGGGAGGCCAUUGACGGGGCGGAAUUGUAUAUUUACACAUCUAAGGGUGUUAAGUCUAGUAAUAAAAUAGCUGCUUUUGAUAUGGAUGGAACAUUGAUAAAGACUAAAUCUGGAAAGGUUCAUCCAGUUGACACAAAUGAUUGGCAGCUAGCUUUUCCUGUUGUACCAUGCAAACUAAAAGAUCAAAUAGAUAAUGGCUAUAAAAUAGUUAUACUAAGCAAUCAAGCUCCUAUUGGGAAGGGGAGAGUGAAGAUAGAGGACUUUAAGAAAAAGAUUGAAAAUUUAGUUACCAAAAUAAAUGUUCCUAUUCAAGUAUAUAUAGCAACAGGUAAAGGUUUUUACAGGAAACCCACACCGGGAAUGUGGAAAACUCUUACUGAAAAGAAAAAUGAUGGUUUACCAGUAGAUAUGCUAAAUAGCUUCUACUGUGGGGAUGCAGCAGGUAGAGUUGCGAAUUGGGCACCAGGUAAAAAAAAGGAUCAUUCAAUGGCAGAUAAGUUGUUGGCUGAAAACUUGGGCCUUAAGUUUUACACACCAGAGGAAUUUUUCCUGGGGCAUUCUAUUGCAAAUGUCCCGAUGGCUAAACCGGAUUUUAUCCCUAAAGAAAUUGUAUCAGAGCCUUUCAACAACAAUCUUAUUAAUAAUGAUAAAGAAAUAUUGGUUCUUGUGGGUUAUCCUGGCAGUGGAAAAUCUUUUCUUGCAAAGCAAAUUGAACAGAAGUCAUCAUAUAAAUAUGUUGCUGUGUGUAGAGAUGUACUCGGUUCUUGGCAAAAGUGUGUUUCUGAAGCAACCAGGAUAUUGCAGCAAGGCAAAAGUGUUGUCGUUGACAGCACCAACCCUGAUGUCGAGUCCAGAGCGCGUUGGUUAACGCUCGCAAAAGAUAUGAAGGUCGAGUGCCGUUGUGCUAAAAUGACGACCAGCAAAGCGCAUGCGCAGCAUAACAACAAGUUCAGGGAGCUCAUGAAAAUCAAGCAUUUGCCCGUAAACGACAUCGUUUUCCACACCUUUAAAAAUAAAUAUCAAGAACCAUCAACCAAGGAAGGGUUUAAAGAAGUCAUUGAGGUGAAGUUUAACCCUAAAUUUGAAGACGAAGAAACGGAAAAAUUGUAUAGAAUGUAUCUUUUGGAAAAA